AUGGUUUGCAAACAAGCAGCAUUGUUGAGAACACCCUAUCGCAACUCAUCAUGUGUAACAAAUCAACUCAAACAACAUAAUCAAAAGGAAUCAAGUGAAUCUAAAACCACCGAAGUGUCCCAAUUUAAUAAUAAAAUAAAAAGAAUUGUGUGCCAAAAGCCAUCACCACUUACAAAGGUACCUACCCUCAAACAGUACACUUUUUCGCAUAAAAAACCAUUAUCACACACAGCCAACUAA